ACGGCACUUUUGCUGCGUGUGCUUGCUCGCUGCUAACAAAGAGAUCAACACAUCGUUAAGCAGCGCUCAAGUGAGUGUUGUGAUUGUUUGAAAAUGUGUAAAGUACAAAUGUUGAGAGCGUUGGUGAAUCAGCGACUAACAACGGCAGUUGAAGAAAUAUUUGUAGUGUUGGAAAGAACGAUAGCAGAGUACGAGGAGGAACUUUCUCGAACAAAAGAGGAGAACGAGCGGCAGCGUCAAAUACUGGACGCUGUUUUCAAGAAGCCUCGAGUUGUGUUAUACAGAGAAGCAGUCAGUGCAGAACAUCUUCCACCUGAUCAGGAGGAGCCACAGCCCCCCCACGUUAAAGAGGAAGAGAAUGAUCACAGCAUCAGUCAGGAGAAAGAGCAUCUUGAAGGACUGGAGGAGUUUCCAGGGAUUGGUGUCCCUGUGAAGACUGAAGAUGAUGAAGACAAAGGUGAAAGUGAGGAGAAGAGAGGGGGGGAGCCUCCAAGCAGCCGCUCGACUCAACACAUGACAACAGAAGCUGAUGGAGACCACUGUGGAGGAUCACAAGCAGACAAUGGAUUAGCUCCACUAUCAGAUAAUGACAACACAACGUCACUCUCUCCUGACACUGAUGAUGAAGGUGCUAAAGCUGAUAUGACAUGUCACACUGACAACACACACUUUAAAUGCUCUCACUGUGACAAAGUGUUUAAAUACCGUGGUAAUAUGAAAACACACAUGAGAUUACACACAGGAGAGAAACCAUUUAUGUGCUUAUUGUGUAAUACAAGAUACUUUACGAAGGAACUUUUGAGAAGACACACAAGAAAACACACUGGUGAGAAACCUUUUACUUGUUCAGUGUGUGGUAAAGGUUUUAGAGACAAGUGUAAUAUGAAAGCACACAUGAGAAAACACACUGGUGAGAAACCUUUUACUUGUUCAGUGUGUGGUAAGGGUUUUAGAGACAAGUAUAGUAUGAAAGCACACAUGAGAAAACACACUGGUGAGAAACCUUUUACUUGUUCAGUGUGUGGUAAGGGUUUUAGAGACAAGUAUAGUAUGAAAGCACACAUGAGAAAACACACUGGUGAGAAACCUUUCACUUGUUCAGUGUGUGGUCAAAGUUUGAGAGACAGAUAUGAUGUGAAAGCACACAUGAGAAUACACACUGGUGAGAAACCUUUUACCUGUUCAGUAUGUGGUAAGGCUUUUAGACAAAAAGGAAAUUUGAAAGCACACAUGAGAAUACACACUGGUGAGAAACCUUUUCACUGUUCAGUGUGUGGUAAGGCUUUUCGGCAUAAUUAUGUGAAAAGACACAUGAGAAAACACACUGGUGAGAAAGUGGUGAGUUGCGGUGUGUGUGCUAAAGGAUUCUCUUAUAAGUACCAGCUUAACAAGCACAAGUGUGUUGGUGAGAACAGCAGCAGUAAAUGAAGUAGCAGGAUGUGAAAAAAGCUGUCAAGACUUGGGUAAUUUUGACUUUCUAGAAAGAAGAAACCUUUUACAUGUUCAGUGUCUGAUUCUGGUUUUGCACAAAAUCGAUAUUUGAAAACACAAAGGAGAAAACCAUUUUACCUUUAUCUGUUCAGUGUGUGGUUAUGGUUUUGCACAAAAUCAACGCCCCCCACAUGUUUAUAUGUAACGGCCCCCGUCAGCCCUUUGCCUCACUGACUCUUGAGCGCCCGUAUGUUUGACCAUACCCACGCCCAAUAAUACGGUGCACCUUAUAUGUGUGUUAAAUACAGAAAUAGCACCCAUAACUGAGACUGUGCCUUUUAAUACGGUGCACCUUGUGGUCGCGAAAUAUGGUAUUUCAACUUUCUUUUUAUGUAAUAUUUGUAAGUUUUCUUUUAAUAUUAUGACUUUAUUCCCAUAAUAUUAUAACUGUUUUCCCCCCAACCUAAUUUUUCAAAAACUACAAUAUUUCAACUUUCUGCUUUAACUUUCUGCUUUAAUAAUCUUUGUAAUUUUUUUUUACUUAAUUUGCAUAAUAUCAUAACAUACCCCCAACCUACUAGAAUACAACUUUUUACUCUUUAUAUUUGGACUUUAUUCCUGUAUAAUUACAGCUGUUUGUACCAUUUCUACUUAUGUUUAUUUCCCCCCCCCCCCCCCCCCCCCACUUGAAAUAUUAUGACUUUAUUCCCAUCAUAUUUAGUCUUUAUUCUCACGAUAUUUUAACAUUUCCCCUACUUAAUUUUUUUAAAGUACCACUUUAUUUUGUUGUGUUUUAGUUCUCACAAUAUUACAAGUUUUUUAUUUUAAUAUUUGAAAUGUUUGCUGCUAAAAUGUAACAGUAUGAUGUUAUUCUCGUAAAAUCACCACUUUUUCUUGUUUGGUUCCAACUUUUUUCUUUUAAUAAUUUGAUUCUUGUAAAAUUCCUGCAAAUUUUUCUAUUUUUUGCUGCUGUUGUGUUUUUUGCCUUCUUGUUCAAUAUUUUCAAUAAAAAAACACUCUGGACAUCUCUGCUGUAAGUGACAACCAACCAAUAGCAAUGUAGCAAUAUGAACAGAUAUUUGAGACUCACGCUUCAAUCGACGUGAUACUACUACACGUGGUAUUGACGCCAUUGAUAAUUGGAUCGAUCCGCCCAUCUCCAGCUUGCAUGGCAGGUUCGUCAAGGCUGCAGGAGUGGAGCUGAUAGCUGGAGGCGUUUUUCGAAACUUACCUGCGUGCUUGUCUUUGUGUGUGUGUGUGUGUGUGUGUUUUUUUCCAUCGACCCCCUCCCAGCAGCAGCAGAGACGUUUGUUCACCACCAUUCUACACAUGGACACGAGCUAUUUUACAGAAGAACAAGACGCGUGAAGUCAAGGUGUUACCGCGAGAGAAAAUGGCGACGCAGAAGAUGGAAACAAAUGGAAUCGAAUCCAAGCAUGGAGGACAGUUUAAUCCGUUUUUCACGUCGUAAUGUGGAUUAUUUUGAGGACGAACUACACGAGGUUACAUUAGCGAGAUGAAAGGAGAUUCCAUUAAGACCGCCUGCUGGAUUUCUUCUGACCCCUUUUAUACGUUCUUUUUAAGUCAUGAAAGGUGUGGCAGGUGUCCAACUUGUGGGUAGUUUUCGGUCAGCACAUAUUGAAAAGUCCCCCAGAGUACUUUUUUUGGUGAAACACGAUCCUCUUAAAAAAAGAAAGAAAGAAAGAGUUUAACUUGUGAUCUUGCUAGCGGGCUUGGUGUUCCUGCCCCUCACCGCAAGGGGCGUCCGUAAACUAUUUACUGCAGCACACCGACGCGAACAAGAAUAAUGCAACUCAACUAGAUUUUCGCCACAUUUCCCCUUUUCGAACCUUGUCAUAUUUCAAACUUGUGGGGAUUUUCCUCAAUCAACAUUUUCUUUUAAGAAAAUAUACAAAAACACACAAGAUGUUUCUUCUUCGUUUCCUUUUGGCUUUUCCCUUCAUGGGUCGCCACAGCGAAUCAAUUGCCUCCAUCUAACCCUGUCUUGUGCGUCCUCUUCUCUCACACCAACUACCUUCAUGUCCUCUUUCACUACAUCCAUAAACCUCCUCUUUGGUCUUCCUCUAGGCCUCCUGCCUGGCAGUUCCAAACUCAGCAUCCUUCUACCUACAGUAUAUAUUCCCUAUCUCUCCUCUGGACAUGUCCAAACCAUCUCAGUCUGGCCUCUCUGACUUUAUCUCCAAAACCUCUAACGUGUGCUGUCCCUCUGAUGUACUCAUUCCUGAUCCUAUCCUUCCUGGUCACUCCCAGAGAGAACCUCAGCAUCUUCAUCUCUGCUACCCCCAGCUCCGUCUCCUGUCUUUUCCUCAUGGACACUGUCUCUAGACCAAACAACACCACAGUUUUGUACACCUUUCCUUUCAUUUUAGCUGAAACUCUUCUAUCACACAUCACACCUGACACUGUUCUCCACCCGUACCAUCCUGCCUGUACACGCUUCUUCACCUCUUUUCCACACUCUCCAUUGCUCUGGACUGUUGACCUUAAGUACUUCAAAUCCUCCACCUUCUUGAUGUCUUCUCCCUGUAAGCUCACUCUUCCACUUGGGUCCCUCUCAUUCACACACAUGUACUCUGUCUUACUGCGGCUAACCUUCAUUCCUCUCCUUUCCAGGGCAAACCUCCACCUCUCUAGCUUCUCCUCCACCUGUUCCCUGCUCUCACUGCAGAUCACAAUGCCAUCUGCAAACAUCAUAGUCCAUGGAGAUUCCUGUCUAACCUCGUCUGUCAGUCUGUCCAUCACCACAGCAAACAAGAAGGGGCUCGGAGCUGAUCCCUGAUGCAGUCCCACCUCCACCUUGAACUCCUCUGUCACACCUACAGCACACCUCACCAAUGUCUUCCAGUCCUCAUACAUGUCCUGCACCGCUCUAACAUACUUCUCUGCCACUCCAGACUUCCUCAUACAAUAGCACACUUCCUCUCUGGGCACCCUGUCAUAAGCUUUCUCCAGAUCUACAAAAACACAAUGCAGCUCCGUCUGGCCUUCUCUGUACUUCUCUAUCAACAUCCUCAAAGCAAAUACUGCGUCUGUAGUACUUUUUUUUGGAAUGAAACCAUACUGCUGCUCACAAAUGCUCACUUCUGUCCUUAGUCUAGCUUCAACUACUCUUUCCCAUAACUUCAUUGUAUGGCUCAUCAGCUUUAUUCCUCAGGCAUCUUUUCAUGAUCUAAGAUCCUGUUGAACCACCCAGUCAGAACUCUACUCUACCAGGUACUGGAAAAGCAAGAUGGCGCCGCUGUGUUUGGCUUGCCGCCUGCUCCUAUGCAUAGUGGUUUUUAAUGCUUUUAAUGUUGUAUCGCCGUUUAUUGUUUAUGAUCGUCUGACACUCCUUGACAUUGGCACCACAUACAAUGUGCUUGGACAAUGUGUUCCACCGCCAUUUCUGGCGUCUAUACCACCACACCUGAGAAGCUGUAUCGGCCCACUUCCGGGUAAAUCGGGCCGCAGAAGACCCGGAAAGCAGGGUGGAUCACACGUCAGAAUGAGGACCUACCUGGCUCUACCGCCCUCUCGUAAGACCAAUACCAACCAGUCCCCAGCGCGGGACAACGUUGAUCUGCGGUGAUCGCUGGAUAAUAGCUACCGGUGGCUAAAACCGGUUUUAGCCCCGGAGAGGAUAUCCAGACGAUGCGCUCAAAACUGUCUCCGCCCGGUGGCUCGCUCCACUCCACUGCAGGAUAACAGGAGCUCACUUCAUAUGGCUCUUUUUAACACCAGAUCAGUGAAUAAUAAGACUUUUAUUCUCAAUGAUUUUAUCCGCUCUGAUAAACUUGAUUUGCUUUUCCUGACGGAAACCUGGCUUUGCCCAGGUGACAACAGCGCUUUCUCGGAGCUCCUCCCCCCAAACUAUUUCUUCCUCAACACGCCGCGGCCAUCUGGGAGGCGCGGGGGUAUUGCUACUGUUUACAAGCAGACCUUUAAGUGCAGCCUCCUCUCCACUAAAGCCUAUGGCAGCUUUGAGCUGCGGUGUUUUGUACUCACACGGUCCAGUCCCAUCUUAUGUGCUGCGGUUUAUCGCCCACACAAGUUAAACAAGGACUUUAUGAAUGAUUUCUCUGAGUUUCUGGCAGAAAUCAUGUUAAAGUUUGAUAAUAUACUGAUCUGUGGUGACUUUAACAUCCAUGUCCGAUCCCCCUCAGAUCAGCUGGCUCAAUGCUUUAAUUCUUUGCUGGAAUCUAUGGGUCUCAUCCAGUCUAUUGCUUGGCCCACUCAUCAACUCGGGCACAAACUGGACCUUGUCAUGUCCCGUGGAUUAUCUGUGUCAGUUAAUAAUAUACGGAAUGUUCCUAUUUCUCAUCACUCUUUCAUUUGCUUUCAGACGCUAGCUCCUCCAGUUGCACCUCAACCUGCUCCCACCUCCCGCCGCCGGGUUAUCAACUCCACAACAGCCAAUGACUUUGCUGCUGCAUUCCCCAACCAAGUCCUAUAAUGUGUCCGGACACCUUCCUCUCCUCUUUCCAUUCCACAUGCUCCCAGAUCCUGGACUCUGUGGCACCAUUCAAGGACAAAGCUACCAGACUCACACCUGAACCAUGGCUGAAUGAAACCACUCGCGCCCUGAGACGGCAGUGUAGGCAGGCUGAGCGCAAAUGGAAGAAGGAUGGACUUCUUGUAUCACUGGGCAUCUUCAGGGACAGUCUUGCCACUUACUAUAAAACCGUGAAGGAAGCAAAAACAAAAUAUUUAUCAAACAUCAUUUCUAGCAAUAGCCAUCGCCCCAGAGUGUUAUUUAGCACCAUUAAUUCUGUCAUUAACCCUGUGACUGCUGUUUUUAAUGAUGUUUCUGAACGCACAUGUAGUACAUUUCAACAAUUGUUUAUGGACAAGGUUGCAACAGUCAGACAAUCCAUCCCAAAGGUGUCAUCUGCUAGUCUGCCUGACUCCCCUGUAAAACACACUUUUGAGAACUUUGAGCCAAUCUCCACUUCUCUUCUUAAAAAAAUCAGUCCAACAGUUAAACCCCACCAACUGCCCUCAGGUCUUCCCGAUCUCCAGGCUGUUACUGUGUUGGCCAACGUGCUAACCACUAGACCAGCGUGCGGCCCUCUAUCCAUAAUAUUGCUAACAAAUUUCAAUCUGGCUUUAGAACCCGUCACAGCACAGAAUCUGCAUUUUUGAAAGUACAUAAUGACAUCCUCACAGCCUUUGACGCUAAAAACUCUGUAGUGCUGGUGCUUUUAGACCUUCCAGCUGCUUUUGAUACUGUGGACCACUCAGUCCUCAUCUCCCGCCUUGAACACAGCUCACCAGGCCCGCAGGCUGCUGCGUUCUCCCGGCGCAGAAGAAAGCCAAAGUCUGAGAGGCUGAAUGAAAGAUCAUGAUGAACCCUGCCGAUGUUCAAGAGUGUCUCUCUGUUGUAAUGUACUGCGUGACUGUGUUGAAUGUCCAAAAUGAACAAUAAAAUAGCAAAAAAUAGAGUGAGACAGAGACAUCUGCCACGGAGGGCGCCAUCUUUAGAACCUGCAUUCCAUGUCAUGUUUUCUGUGAUAAUCAGGAUAAUAAUACAUAAUAGAUGAGAGUAAGACCAAAACAAUGUAUAUAUAAAAUAAAUAUGAAAAAAGAAACAGAAUUGUUUUUUCCUUAAAAAAAAACCAAAACAAAAAAACGAACCUGACAGAACAUCAUUGUGAUGAUCAAGACUCUUCUGCCUUGUAUUUAGCAAACAUCAACUGCUUGUCUUGUUUUUUGAAUUUGCUCAUCUCUGUACAUUGUUUGAGUUCCUUACUCAAUCCGUUCCAUAGUUUAAUUCCACACACGGAAAUGCUGUGGGUUCUCAGCGUUGUUCUUGUGUAUAAAUGUUUUAUUUAAAUUUUCCUCUAAGAUGAUAUUUCUCCUCUCUGAUAGCGAAAUACUGUAUGAGAUUUUUUGGUAACGACUUAUUAACUUUAUGCAUUAUUCUGGCGGUAUGAAAUCUGCAAAUUUCAAUAUCUGUGAUUUUAA